GUGCCCUGUGAGGCCUGGCAUUAUCUGCAUACUUGGACUUUCUCACCUCAUUGUUUUGCAAGAUGAAAUAGAAGCGGUUUUCCUGCUGAGGGCAGGCCAGGGCAGGCAAAUGUAUCAGCCGCAGCAGGAAGAAGGAUCACACGAGACUUUGACCACGUGCUGUUUGCGUCAGUUUGGUAGUGAUUGAAUUAAAAGUAGCAGGACUUCCCCGCAGAGGUUACUUGGACCUCAUCAGGUAAUGACUCGCUGAAUACUUUGCCAGUGAUAGAGUAAAGAUUUAUUGUUUCCUUAACUCUUGCUUGGACGUUUUGCUACAUAUUGAACAUUUACUUGUGAAGAAAUCCUUUCCUGUUGCUUUAACUUUCUGGUUUAAAGUAUGACGUUACCGACUUUGUAAUGGUGUUUUUGAACAGAGAAAUGGAGUGUCAGUGUGAACACGAGAACGCUGGGGAUGCUGCUCCGGAUUGGUGGUUGAGCAGCAACAACGCGCAGAUGGGAGCGUUUGCCGUGGUGGGGUAUUUCCUCUACAGAUUCUCUCAGACUCUCCCAGCUCUGGUCCGGUGGCCCAUUCGUGUCUUCUGCUCUCUGACUGGUCUGUCGGCUCUGUGGGGCUGGGUGAGCCACCUCGUCAGGACCCUCCGCGGAAUCCAACGCCUGAUGAAAUGGCUGUCUCGGAUUUGGCGUUUUUUUGCCCGGUCCAUAGCAGGAUUUUCGGAGUCUCAGAGAGAUCCGACGAGUGGCAGUGCUCCGAACCUAACAGGGGAACCUUCCAGCACCUCCAACAAACCGGGCCUGAGGUUGAUCCUCCUGGGGCCUGCAGGCGGAGGACGGACCUCUCUAGCAGACUCUCUGUUGGGCAGUAGAGAGGUGAGGGCAUCUGUGGAUGCUCUAAUGGUGAGCACUAGACGGAGGGGAGUCAUGGACGGACGGGAGCUUACACUGAUUGACACCCCAGAUGUUUUGGGAACAUCACUGGAAAACGACAGAAGAGCCAGGGAAGCUCUCAGAAGUCUGCAGCUCACGAGUCCUGGCCCACACGCCUUUCUGCUGGUGAUCCGGGCUGCCGGCUCCAGCGUGGGAAGUGAUGCCGUCCAAGCCGUCCAAGCCACCAUGAAGCUGUUCGGAGAGGGGGUUACAGGACACAUCAUCCCAGUGCUAACUCAUGUAGACCGCCUGGGUGGGAAGCAGACUGUGGAUGAGCUGAUGGAGUCCGAUGCAGGGAGUCUGAAAAGGGCCGUAUCCAUGUGUGGCCAGACACCAGUGCUCGUGGAAGAGGGGCCAGACCUCCCGCCACAGGCGCAGAGCGUGUUGCGCAGGCAUCUGGUGGGGCGUGUGAUGGAGAUGAAAGAGCUCCAGGGGCUUUUUGUCCAUGAGCUGCAGAGGAGGGAGGACCACCUCCAGGAGGAACUGCUGGCUGACAUGUCCUCUACACUGGCCGGAAAACUGGGACACGUUUGAAUAAGGGGGAAGAAAUAGGUGAUCUUUGUGUUUUCAUGAGUCUCUGUAAAAGAAAUGCUGGGUGGGAUCAAAAUAUGGUUUAGGAUGAAUUGAGAGAAGUGAUUGUCAAGGAGGUAUUUUUGUCGGUUUACAACUGUGUAGAUAUAUAUGCCACAGGUUGCCGUACAGUUUUCAACAUGCUGCAGAUACUUUGGUUGGGUAUUGUUGUUGUUCAAUGUACUUUUAUUCCUUUUUGUGCUCCUAUAACUUGUGGUUCUGCAGCAUGCAUCUCUGCCUUGCCCUCCCACAGAGUUCACCACAGACUUCAUUAUUUAUAGGCUUUAAAACUUUAAAGAUGACCAGAGAAAGCGAACUAAAUUUAUAUAGGGACUUGAGUUCAGUCGUGCCGCUCAGAUUAUUGUGUUUAUUCCAAUGUCUCAGGAAUAGCCUAUAAAUGGUUCAAGAAUAGUAUAUUGAACACAAAUUUAAUCUUAUCUGUUUCAUGUAGAUGGAAUUAUCUUUAAUAAUAAACUAGCUUCAUUGGCUGGCCCCAAACAUGUAUAAUAACAUUAUUAUGGAUAUAACAGUAUGUGGAGCUCGGAGGUGCAGGAUUACGUGGAGCUGUCGGCUGUCAAGUCUCCUUUUACCUUUAAGUUAUCAAAAUCAAAACACACAGAUUUUUCAUCCCUUCACACUAUCAAACAGUGGGGCCAUUAAUACCGUCUCUGAAAAUGUGGUUUAAAAUGACAACAUGAACACCAUUCAUUUGAUGUUAAAAACAAAACUGAUAGAACUUUAGGUUUUUGUGAUUAAUCUGAUUGCAAAAAAUCUGAUUAUUUAUUUCUCGGACGUACAUAGAGUAAAUAGGACUUGUUUGGAGUCACUUUUCCAGUUGCCUUAUGAGUAAAAGAAAGAGCUACUGUUUUAUUUAUAUAUUAAAAUGUUGAAAUGUGUAUUGCGAUGUGUUG